AUGUCUGUAAUACUCCAUCCUGUUGUCAUUGCAGCAUAUUAUUAUGGAAAGAAGAAAAAAGUUGUAAAACUUGGUAGACCACCUGGAAGGCAGAGCAAUUUAGAAUUUGGUCCAAAGAAACCUGGCAAACGACGGAAGAAACGAAAACCAUUUGUACACCGUAAGAAACACUAUUCACCCAAUGGUAACGAUGAAGCUAAAGAUAAUACAGAAAACAUGGACGACGAGAAUUCAAGCAGAACUUCUCAUUUGCACCUGAAACCAGACGUUCUUGGACGUCUCGAGUUCAAGCCUGGUAAAACUCCGCUUAUGACUCGGGCGAGAGCACUAGUGAUGUCAGCUAAAAGAACAAAGCAUAUACCAUCGAAAAUGAUUCUUCCGCCACGGGAACGAGGUACCAAAAUGAAAACAUUCGCAGCGAUUUUAAACUCAGGGCGUGGAAAGAACAAAGAAGGGAAGAAAAAGAAGGAAAAG